UCUGAUGCCGGCCAGCGGCUUUAUGAGCCGACCAAUAAAGCUAAAUGGGUCCAGUCACUGGAAUGACUCCGGAUAAGAAAGCUGAAACGCCAGGAGCAGAAAAAGCUGCAGGGCUACGGCAGUGUCACGGGAUGGGAAGCUUGCCCGACGCAGGCGAUGCUGGCAGGCCAAAGGCCACUGUGGUGGACAGAGAUUCAGCAGACGACGAGCUCACGAAUUUGAACUGGCUGCAUGAAAAUACUAACCUUCUAACAAACUUCAGCCUCGGAAGUGAGGGUCUUCCAAUCGUUAGCCCCUUGUAUGACAUUGAGGGCGACAGCGUGCCAUCCUUCUCGCCGUCCUGCUAUCAGAACCCCGAGAAAAAAUCCUCCACUUCCAAACCCCCUUACUCUUUCAGCCUUCUCAUUUACAUGGCGAUCGAGCAUUCCCCCAACAAGAGCUUGCCAGUCAAAGAAAUCUACAGCUGGAUCCUGGAGCGCUUCCCCUACUUCGCCACGGCACCCACCGGCUGGAAGAACUCAGUCCGACACAACCUCUCCUUGAACAAGUGUUUCCGAAAGGUGGAGAGAAGCCAUGGCAAGGUGAAUGGAAAAGGUUCGUUGUGGUGUGUUGACCCAGAAUAUAAACCUAAUCUUGUCCAAGCGCUGAAAAAGCAGCCGUUUCCCUCAGCACUCGCCUUUUAUACUCCGCCGGCGUCGCCACCAAGUAGGUCAGCAUCCCCUCACUACCUAACUUCAGUCCUUCAGCAGAACCACGGCCGAUCUCUCAAAGAAUCCGAUAUUGAUGCUGCUACUGCAAUGAUGCUGUUAAAUACUUCCAUUCAACAAGGGAUGUUGGACUGUGAGAAACCUCAGCCUCUGAAGACACCUAAGAAGAGGAGUUACGGCAGUGCAUUCAAUCCUCCCAGUUCCAUAAAUAUGCAGGAAAAUGAUUCUGCAGCCACCAAUAUCGAUCCGAAGGAGGAUCACAACUACAGUGCCAGCAGCAUGGGUUCCCAGCGCUGUGCAUCUAGGUCCAGCGUGUCUUCCUUGUCCUCCCUCGACGAGGUGUACGAAUUUAUCUCCAAGACCAGCCACGACGGAAGCGAUGGCAGCGAAGGAUUUCACAGCGAAGUGGAUACAGACGUUGACUCUGAAGAUGAUCCUCUUGGAGACAGUGGCUAUGCAUCACAACCUUGUGGAGAUACCUCUGAGGAAAGUCAGCCUAGCAACAAAGCACUCAAGGAGUUAUGUCAAGAAAUCGAUGAGGAGUUGAAAGAAGCAGCGGGGUCUCUGCUGCACCUUGCUGGCAUCCGAACGUGCUUGAGUUCCCUAAUAAGUACUGCAAAGACCCACUGUCACAAGCAAAGGAAAAAAUAGUAUGUUUGUCAGUGUUGAAUAUAUACAUAUAUUUUUUUUAAUUGUGGCAAUACUCUUCUACUUUUACCCUUCACAAGGGAGAUCAAAGCCAUAAGAGGACUCAUUUCUUUUUUAUUUUUGGCGCUAACUAUAAUUUAGCCAUUUAUUUUUAAAUCACUGCCUAAAAAGAAAAAAAAAUUAUUUAAUCUUUUCAAAUUAGAAGAGAUGCAUGACUUGUGAAAGCCUGAAAGCAUACUUCUUAAUGAUCACUUUUUAAUUUUAUUUUUUUCUUUUUAAUAGUUGAUUUUUAUUUUUCUUUUCUCCAGAGAUAAGUUUGUUCAGAUGCACAUUGUGGAUCAUACUUACAUCCCUG